AUGGACCCUGAGUACUUUAAGUCUCAUGAAAUGUGUUGGGGUACCCUGGGAACGAUGCGACCCUUCUCCAAUUUCCACCCAGACAAGGAUGCUAUGGAGAUCCAGGCAGCGCUGGAGAAGAAAGAUGCAGGGACUCUUGUGAGAAUCCUAACCAAUCGGAACAACGCCCAGCGACAGGUGAUCGCCAAGACCUUUGAAGAAAUAACACAAAAGGAUCUGGCAGCUGGUGUGAAGAAAGCUCUGGCUGGAGACCUGGAGACUCUGCUGCUGGAAUUGCUAUUGCCCCCAAUGGAAUAUGAGGCUCACCGCCUGCAGCAGGCCAUGACGGGUUUAGGUACAGACGAAGAAACACUCAUGGAGAUUCUGUGCACACGAUCUGGCAAGCAGCUUCAAGAAAUCAGUACUGCAUAUACCUUUUUGUUCAAGAAGGACCUGGAGAAAGAAAUGAAAGGAGAAACCAGUGGAGACUUUGCUAAGCUUGUUGUGGCUUUGCUACAUAAAGACGCAGGCUCCGGUGUGGUUCAGAAGGAUAUUAAGUCUCUCUCCGCGUCAAUUGGUGGGAAAAAAGCCGAUGCGGGUCCAUGGAUUGACAUACUGACCUCUAGAGACUCAGACCAUCUUAACAAAGUGUUGAUGGGACUGGAGCUGGAGAAUGGACAGAUGGUGGAUCAGGUUCUGGAGAAACGAUUCUCAGGAGACAUUCGACUUGGUCUGAAAGUUUUAGUGCAGUGCAUUCAAAGCCCUGAUGCCUACCUUGCCAAAAGACUAACUUCCAAGAAGGCAUCGACAGUGCAGGGGAUUAUGGUGUCUCACUGUGAGGAAGAUCUGCUCUGUAUCCGAGCUGCCUACCUCAAACUAACAGGCACUUCUCUCUACACAGCUCUACAGUCACAAUUCAAAGGGGAUCUCCUACAGGCUCUACUGGCCAUCUGUCGAUCUGAAGAUUAA